AAAACGUGUCUGUAGGUUAUGAUUCUCAGACGUUUAUACUCUGGUACUAGCAGUAGUAGAAAAUAGUUACAUACAUGUGUACUGGGAAACAUGCAAUUAAAAAUGUCAAAACCAUUUAAUCAAAAUGCUGUGAAGCAAUUAUUGCUGCAAGAAAAUGAGUUUAUUUCGGAUAUAUUUUCAAAAAUGCCAUUGCCUAUGUCUGAAUUAGUUUCAGAUGACAAGAAUAAAUUAGUUACACACAAGAAAAAUGACAUGUCGAAAGAUAAUAUUUUUCCAAAUUUAAGUGGAAAGAAAAAGAGGGCACAAACAUUUGAGGAGUUACAUGCUAAAUUGGAGGGGUUAAAGAAUGUCAAACGAUUGGGAUAUAAAGAAAAGCAAUUAAAAAAAAAUUUAAAAACCAGAAUUAAAAAAAUGUCAAAGAGAAAAGAACGGAUAAUGCAAAAGAAGCUAGUAAAAAUAGAGCAAAAUGGGGAUACUUCGUCUAGCAUAAAAAAAGAAGAUAGCGAAGUACCAAAGGUUCCAAGACCAAAGCCUGUGUUUAAUUCAGAAGGCAAAAUGGUAUUUAGUAAAUUUGAUUUUUCUGAAAUUGGAACAAGAAAAAAACUGCCUAAAAAGGAUACGAAAAAGACGUUACUAGAGUUGAAACAAAAAAAAGAAAAGUUAAAAGCAAUGGAACAAUCAGGUGAAAAAGAAAGAGUGGAAGAAAUUAAAGAAAAGGAUGCAUGGCAGUCUGUUCUGGCAAAAGCUAGUGGUGAAAAGGUGAAAAAUGAUAUAGACUUACUUAAGCGAACAUUAAAAAGGAAAGAAAAUAAAAAGAGACAGAGUGCUAAAAAAUGGGAGUCUAGGUUAGACAAUGUACAGAAAGGAAUUCGAGAAAAACAAGAAAGAAGACAGGAUAACAUUAUGAAGAGAAAGAAAGAAAAGAAGAUGCAUAAAUUAAAAAAAGCGGCUAAAAAGGGACGGAUUAUACCCGGAUUUUAAAUAUAAUGUAAAGGAUUAUAGAUAAAAGACAUUUAUUUCUAAAACAGUUAUUUUAUAUGUUAUUCAGUUUUAUUCUGCAUAAUUUAAUUAAAUUUUUAUAUUAAGACGAAUUCAACAUUUGCGUAAAUUAUAUUCAUUAAUUGAAUAAUACUCCUUAGGACAAAUUUGUACUAACUUAUUGUUGAUGUCAGAAUAUAAGAGAAUUGUUUUUAAACAAA